GAAUGUGGCAAGGCCUUUAGCAGGAGGGCAAAUCUUUCUCAGCAUCAGAAAACUCAUAGUGCAGAGAAACCUUACCAAUGUCAAGAAUGUGGUGAUGCCUUUCACUGGAGGUCAGGUCUUGCUAAGCAUAAGAGAGUUCAUUGUGGAGAAAAAUCUUACCAAUGUGAAGAAUGUGGCAAGCCCUUUAAGGACAGCACAACUCUUAUUGAACAUUACAGAAGUCAUACUGGAGAGAAACCUUACCAAUGUCAAAAAUGGGAAGAGCUUUAACCGGAACUCAUACCUUAUUCAACAUCACAGAUUUCAUACUGGAGAGAAACCUUACCAAUGUCAAGAAUGUGGCAAGGCCUUUUGUGACAGGUCAUCCCUUACUCAACAUCACAGAAUUUAUACUGGAGAGAAACCUUACCAAUGUAAAAAAUGUGGGAAGAGCUUUAACCGGAACUCAUACCUUAUUCAACAUCACAGAAUUCAUACUGGAGAGAAAACUUACCAAUGUCAAAAAUGUGGGAAGAGCUUUAACCGGAACUCAUACCUUAUUCAACAUCACAGAUUUCAUACUGGAGAGAAACCUUACCAAUGUCAAGAAUGUGGCAAGGCCUUUUGUGACAGGUCAUCCCUUACUCAACAUCACAGAAUUUAUACUGGAGAGAAACCUUACCAAUGUAAAAAAUGUGGGAAGAGCUUUAACCGGAACUCAUACCUUAUUCAACAUCACAGAAUUCAUACUGGAGAGAAACCUUACCAAUGUCAAAAAUGUGGGAAGAGCUUUAACCGGAACUCAUACCUUAUUCAACAUCACAGAUUUCAUACUGGAGAGAAACCUUACCAAUGUCAAGAAUGUGGCAAGGCCUUUUGUGACAGGUCAUCCCUUACUCAACAUCACAGAAUUUAUACUGGAGAGAAACCUUACCAAUGUAAAAAAUGUGGGAAGAGCUUUAACCGGAACUCAUACCUUAUUCAACAUCACAGAAUUCAUACUGGAGAGAAAACUUACCAAUGUCAAAAAUGAGGGAAGAGCUUUAACUGGAACUCAGACCUCAGUCAACAUAGCAGAACUCAUACUAGAGCCUAACCCUAUAAAUUCCAAAAAAUGUGGCAAGUCCUCUAACUGAUGCUCAAGGCUUAGUCAGCAUCAGAGAAUUCAUAAUGGAAAGACAUCUUACCAAUAUCAAGACUGUGGCAAGGCCUUUAACCACAACUAAGGCCUUACUCAACAUUACAGAAUUCAUAUUGGAGAGAAAACUUACCAAUGUCAAGUGUGUGGCAAGGCCUUUAUACAUACAGCUCAACACUUAUUUGACAUCACAGGAUUCACACUGGAGAGAAACCUGACGAA